UAUAUUACUUAGUAGCCUGGCCUGAACUCGAUCUAAUUAUAUAUCUUAUAUAUUAGUAAGAAUUAAUGGCUCCCCAAAUCCCAAUAUUGGGAGCAAUUCUCCUACUCAUAGUUACGCUCUCUUCCAUAGACCCAACUGAAUCAAAACAACCAGCCUUCAAAUUCAUGAACCAGUUACAGGGAUGUCACAAGGGCCAAAAAGUGUCUGGGAUUCACCAACUCAAGCAGUACCUAGAGAGAUUCGGAUACUUGAGUAAUGCUAGUUAUAACCACCCCAACCAGUACGAUCUGUUUGACGACGUUUUGGAAUCUGCCGUUAAGUCCUACCAACAAUUCUACCACCUCCAAGUCACCGGAACCCUAAACUCGGAAACCAUGAAACUAAUGACUAUGCCUCGAUGUGGAGUUCCUGAUAUUGUCAAGGAAAACCACCCCCACAGCCAUUAUCACCACAACCGCAAGCUGAUCCAUGCCGUUUCUCGAUACGCGUUUUUUAAUGGAAACCCUCGUUGGGCAAAAUCUAUGCUCACUUAUACAUUUUUUUCAAGUGUUUCAGUCCCUGCCGCCCAGAGCUUAUCGUCCGCCUGUGCCCGAGCUUUCCAGAAGUGGGCAAAUGUGAGCAAUUUUACUUUCCAAGAAGUUGCACAGAGCAGCAAAGCAGAUAUAGUGAUCGGAUUCCACGUUGGCGACCACGGCGAUGGCAUUCCCUUCGACGGGCCUGGGGGGUUUACAGCUCAUGCAUUUGCACCUUCCAUAGGGCUUCUCCAUUUUGAUGGGGAUGAGAAUUGGAAUACCAACCCGGGACCGAACCAGAUGGAUUUGGAAUCGAUUGCAUUGCAUGAGAUCGGCCAUGUCCUAGGGCUCCAACACGACGAUACUGUUCCAGAUGCAGUCAUGUAUUCGAUAUUAAACUAUGGGAAUGUGAAGAGGAAUCUACAUCCUGAUGAUAUUGCAGGAAUACGUGCCUUGUAUGGUUUGCAACCAUAAUUAUUCAAGUUGCACGAUACGUACAAGGUCAAGGACUAUAUAUUUUUAUAGUCUUUGUUAUAUGUAGUUUUUAAUAAUUAAGCCAAUAAAUUAUCCUACGUACAUCGGUACUAGUGGUAAACUUGUCAUAUAAUAAAAGCGCAUGAUACAUUUUCUUAUGUUUGUAAUAUGUCUUCCUAUUCUAAGGGAAACAUAUAUAACGAAUGAAAGUGUAUUAUAUAUGCCAUUAUAUACUUUGCUCUAAAUAAUGUAUUGGCUACUGUACUUGUGUA